AUGUAUGAAACAUUAUUUAAAAAAUUAUAUGAAAAGAUCAGUAACAUUUCUGAUCCAUCCAACGCCAACGAAGAUGAUAUAGAUGUAUUUAAAACUUCAAUUGAUAAACUUCAAAAAAUUAUUAAAAUAUAUGAAAGUCACAUUGAAAAUAAAAGGCAAGGACAAAAAGAACAAGAACAAAUUUAUAAUAUAAGUGAUGAAGAAAGCGAUUAUGAUAUUGCAAAUAGUGGUGAAGAAUUAGAUAAUGAUUUGGAGAAAAAAAACAAUCAAAAGAAUUACGAUAAUGGAGAAAAUACUAAAGUUAAAACAAAAUCUAAUACCACCAAUAUGGAUAAAAAUGAAAGUAAACAAAGUGAAAGUGAAAAUGAAAGUGAUAAUGAAUGUGAUAGGGGAAUUCCAAGUAAUAGUGAUUCGAGUGAUCAAGAUUAUUCAAAUAAAAAACAUCAAACUAGAAGGAAUGCUACUAACAAAAACAAUAACAACGACAAUACCAAAUCAAAUAGUACCAAUAGGAAUGGUAAAAAUACUGUAGUUAGAAGAAAUAAGAAUGCACAAAUUAAUAAUAACAAUAAUGAUAAUAAUGAAAAUGAUAAUAAUAAUCUAAAUAGCAAUAUUAAUAUUCGUACUCGUAGAGGUACACUUGGUAGUGUUGGUAGUGUUUUGAAUAAUAGCAACAACAAAAGUAAUACUAAAAAUAAUGAUAAUGAUAAUGAUAAUGAAAAUAAUAAUAAUAAUAAUAAUAAUAAUAAUAAUAAUAAUAAUAAUAAUAAUAAUAAUAAUAAUAAUAAAAGAAGAAAAGGAUCAAAAGAAUUAGUUUUACAUUCAAGCAAUUUUAAUAAUGAUACAGAUAGUGAAAUUGAAGAGGAGGAGUUUGAACAACAAAAACCAAUCAAUAGCACUAAAAAGAGACAAAGAGAAACGAAAAGAUCAGAAUCAGUUAAAAAAAAACAAGAGGAGGAAGAACAACCAACAAGAGAAUCACAAAUGCAAUUAGCAAUUAUAACAACAAGAUCACAAAGACAAAUUAAACCAAGAGUUGAUCUUUAUAAUCAACAUAUAAAAAUAAAAGCAAAACCUGUUGAAAAGAAACCAAUGUUUUCAUAUAGAAAUAUAGUUGAUGCUCAAGAAAUCGAUAAAUUAUCCGAUGGAUAUUUAGCAUGGUUUGCUGCUAAAAUUAUAGAAUAUGACCCAAGAUCUGAAAAAUAUUUAGUAGAGUACACUGGUUAUCCAGGUUUUCAUAAAUUAGGAGAGGAGAGACUCAAACUACGAAGAGAUGUUGAACUCACAGCAAAUAAUAUACAAGUAGGUUUAAAAGUUAUUGCAUCAGUUUUUCCAAAAGGUCAAAAGAAUCCAUUUUGGUAUACUGGUUACAUUGAAAGCUUUAAUAGUAAUGAUUUUUUGGUUUGUUUUGAAAAUGACGCAACAAAAAGAUAUUCAUUUGAAAAAAAAAAACAAUCUUAUAUUUUUUAG